AUGGGCAGAAAAAGUGCUUUCUUGAUACCAUAUGCAAUUAUGCUAGCAUUGGCUAGCUUACCUUUGUUCUUCCUGGAAUGUUCCCUGGGACAAUUUGCUAGCUUAGGUCCAGUUUCAGUUUGGAGGAUUCUGCCAUUGUUUCAAGGUGUUGGAAUCACAAUGGUCCUGAUAUCCAUUUUUGUGACAAUCUAUUACAAUGUCAUAAUCGCCUACAGCCUUUACUACUUGUUUGCUUCUUUUCAAAGUGUACUACCAUGGGCCAAUUGUUCUUCUUGGGCAGACGAUAACUGUAGCAGAUCACCAAUAGUUACCGGCUGUAAUGUGAGUACAGUAACAGGAGAGAUGUUUAUGAAUAUAAGCUGGGUAACUCACAACAACCUGACCUGCUUGAAUGGUAGUGAAGUUUUUCAGCCAGGACAACUUCCCAGUGAACAGUAUUGGGACAAAGUGGCUCUACAGCGGUCAAGUGGAAUGGAAGAAACUGGAGUAAUUGUGUGGUAUUUAGCACUUUGUCUUCUUCUAGCUUGGCUCAUAGUUGGAGCAGCAUUGUUUAAAGGAAUAAAGUCCUCUGGUAAGGUGGUAUAUUUUACAGCUCUUUUCCCGUAUGUGGUUCUCCUAAUUCUGUUAAUACGAGGUGCAACUUUGGAGGGUGCAUCAAAAGGCAUUUCAUAUUACAUUGGAGCACAGUCAAACUUUACAAAACUCAGAGAAGCUGAGGUUUGGAAAGAUGCUGCUACACAGAUAUUUUAUUCCCUUUCUGUCGCUUGGGGUGGCCUAGUCGCUUUAUCAUCUUACAACAAGUUUAACAACAACUGUUACUCUGAUGCCAUUGUAGUUUGCUUGACAAACUGCCUGACUAGUGUGUUUGCUGGGUUUGCGAUUUUUUCUAUAUUGGGACAUAUGGCUCAUAUAUCUGGAAAGGAAGUCUCUCAAGUUGUAAAAUCAGGUUUUGAUUUGGCAUUCAUUGCCUAUCCAGAAGCUCUAGCCCAACUCCCAGCUGGUCCAUUUUGGUCCAUAUUAUUUUUUUUCAUGCUUUUAACACUGGGUCUGGAUUCUCAAUUUGCUUCUAUUGAAACAAUUACAACAACAAUUCAAGAUUUGUUUCCCAAAGCAAUGAAACGCAUGAGAGUUCCUAUAACAUUGGGUUGCUGCUUCGUUCUGUUUCUCCUUGGUCUCGUCUGUGUGACUCAGGCUGGAAUUUACUGGGUUCAUUUGAUUGAUCACUUCUGUGCUGGAUGGGGCAUUUUGAUUGCAGCUAUCUUGGAAAUUUUAGGAAUCAUCUGGAUUUAUGGAGGGAAUAGAUUCAUUGAAGACAUAGAAAUGAUGAUUGGAGCAAAGAGAUGGAUAUUUUGGCUCUGGUGGAGAGCUUGCUGGUUUGUCAUCACGCCUAUCCUAUUGUCUGCCAUUCUAGUUUGGUCACUGGUGAAAUUUCAUAGACUUGAUUAUGGUGAUAUUCCAUAUCCUGACUGGGGAGUUGCCCUAGGCUGGUGUAUGAUUAUUUUCUGCAUUAUUUGGAUACCAAUUAUGGCAAUCAUAAAAAUAAUCAAGGCUGAAGGAAACAUUAUUCAACGUAUCAUAAGCUGCUGUAGACCAGCUUCUAACUGGGUCCCAUAUCUGGAAAAACAUCGUGGGGAGAGAUAUAAAGACAUGGCUGAACCUUCAAAGGAGACUGACCACGAAAUCCCCACUAUUAGUGACAGUAGAAAGCCAGAAUAAGAUGUGCCUUUUGAAAAAUAUCUGAUUGUUAUAUAAUGUGAUUUUCUAGGGAAAUGUUUUAAUUUAUUUGUGCAUCAAUCAAGCAGAGAAAUGUACAUGCCAUGCUCAGUACAGAGUUGUAAGUACUUUUAUCACCUAAUCAAGAAUGAAAUAUAAAAUGUGAAUCUAUGAAUGUUGACUGAUGUGCUUGUUUCACUUUAGGAUUAGUUAUUUGUUAAUACAUAUAUCCAGGUCUAUUUUAUAAUGACAUUUUGUAAACCCAGUUGUUUUACAAUGACAUUUUGUAAAUAUUAUUGUAAUAUUUCUUUCUCUUUUUUUAGUAUACUGAAGGUUUUCUGUGAGAUGAUUACUUAGGAAGUAGUCACACUU